UUUGAAAAACAAAGUGUUAGGACAAGUUACUGUGCAUUUUUGAAAAGGGGUGGAGUGAAGUGAGGUGAGGUUUGGUAAAAUAGGGACAUAUUUGAGAGAUUUAUUUUAAAGAAAGGGAUUUGCGGUGGGCGGAAAUAUGCUCUCUACUGAGUGCUCUUGUUAUUAUUGUAAUUCUUCUUGUUCAUUAUUAUUUUUGUUGUUUUUAUUUGUUGUUGUUUUUAUUUGUUGUUAUAGGCCUACUACUAUUGUUUUAAUUUUUAUCCCUUGUAAACUUUUUAAAAAUAAGUUAGUACUGUAUGUUUUUCUCAUUGCAUAUCUGCAGCACAUCAUCAUGUUUUAUAUGGUCUAUUUAUGCAGAUAAACUAUUUAGGUGCACUUCAUUUAAUUAUUUCCUGGUGUAAAUUUGGCUUUUUUAUUUUCGCUUUAUAUUUCCCUGUUUUCUUUUUUUUUGUUAGUUUUAAUGACUUUGAUUGUUGUAGUUUUACAACAGUUGGUUUUACUGUUAAAAAGUGUUUCCAAAUAAAUAUUAUUAUUAUUAUUAUUAUUAUUACUAUUUUUAUUAUUAUUUAUUAUUAUUAUUAUUAUUAUUAUUAUAGCCAUUGUCACUAGGACAAUUAUUAAAAUUCCCAAUAUAAUAUUGAAGUGCGUUUUCAGUACAUAAUUAAACUCCUGUGGAAACCACAAGCGCCACAACUAUAUUGUCUAAAAAAUAGAAACAAAAGUACAACACGUAAAAGAGACACACAAUCACAGAUAAUGUCAACAAAUAUUUUUUGACUAUUUAACAAUCAAAUCCUCUAAUAUUUUGCACAAACUAUUUAAUUAUAACAUUUGCAUGUAAUGUAUAUAUAAAUAGGCAUAUAUGCAUAAAUUGUAAUUUGCGUACGUGCAUUUCAUUAGCUUGCAUUACAUCCCUGGGUGUAUGCCUGAUAUGAAUGAAUUAGUCCAUAUUGAUUUAGGUUACAAUACAGUACAAUGCAACUUUGCCAAUAUAAAGAAGGCCUAUUAAGCAUUAUUAAACAUAACAGCAUUGUGAAACCUAGCUUUACAUUUAUCUAACCCUAAAAUACCUUUGCUGCUCAUAUACCAUUAGCCAUGUUUACCCUGCUACAUUACAUUACAUGUAAUGGAUAAAACAUAAUUUUUUAAAAACAUCUGCAAAUAAUAAUAAUUGUAUUCACCCUGUUUAUAUCUACAGCAAAUUUGCAUAAAGAUCAUGAAGAUUAUCUCUGGAAUUCCCUCACUGAACUUCCAAAGGUAUAGGCCAUAAAAAGUGGUGAAAUGACCUCUACGGAACAUACAAACCUUUGGACUUUGCAGAGUAUCAUCGUUGAAGUGAAGUGGAAUCGUUGAAGUGAAGUGGAAGCCAUGUUGAGAGGUGACCUAAGACACUAUGUAGCAAAGAUGUUACACAGAAAAAUGUGUUAUGUGAAGGAUAAAGGAAAAGAACAUACAGAAAUAUAUUCCACGAAAUCAAGUUCCAUUGAACCAAGUUUCAUUAAAUCAAGUCAAGGUAUGGAUGAGAGUCAGCCAUCAGUCUCACAAGAGUUGCCAAGCAAAGGUACUAUGAAUUAUGAAAGUCACAUAGUAGACAUAUGCAACUCACUAAGGAUGUUUGGUUAUCAUAUGAUCCCUAAUGAAGAGAUAAUUUCAGAUGAGCAGAUCAUUCAACUUAUGAGUAACGAAACAAAUUGGAGAAACAAAAAACAUCUAUUAAAUAAAUUGAAAAUACAAUCAUCUGAAGACAUUGGCAAAAUUUUUGCUCAUGUUUUAAUUGCUGUAGAAGAUGAACAGGAUGUUUUGGGGGAAAUCCAUGAAUUAUGUACUGAUGAUGUCGUCAGUAGUUUAUCAGGUGAAUGUAAGAAAUUAAACUUCAAAUAUAAUAUUACAGAAUAUGACUAUAGGUCCAAAGUCACUGUAUUAUUUUUAAUUCAUCUGCUGUUUAAUGCAUCAAGACUUGAGAAUCUUAUUUUAUUCAAUUGUAAUAUAACAGGUGUUACUGUGGAAAAGAUUGUUGAUGCAAUGCAUGGGGAAGGAGUUAUGUUGGAAUUAACAGAAAUUGAUAUCAGUGAAAAUAACCUCAAUGACAUCAAAGGUUCCUCACUUGUCACUUUGUUUGUUUUAGCUCCUAAGCUGAUUCAUCUUGACAUGAGUAAUUGCAGUCUGUCAAGUGCUUUUAUGGAUGAUAUGGUUAAAGAGUGUUCUAGUAGGGGAGUUGUGUUGAAGUUAACAAAACUUAAUAUCAGUAAAACUAACCUCAAAAACAUCAAAGGUUCUUCACUUUCCAUGUUGCUUGCUGUAGCGCCUAAGCUGAAUGAUCUUGACAUGAGUAAUUGCAAUCUGUCAGGUGUUAUUAUAGAUGAUAUGGUCAAAGAUUAUUCUAGUAAAGGUGUUAUUUUGGAAUUAAAAAGACUUAAUAUCAGUGAAAAUAACCUUAAUGCCAUUAAAUGUUCCUCACUUGCCACUAUGCUGACUGUAGCUCCUAAGUUGAAUACUCUCUACAUGAUAAAUUGCAGUCUCUCAGAUGCUAUGGAUGAUAUGGUCAAAGAAUGUUCUGGUAGGGGAGAAUUAUCACAUCUUGAUAUCAGUAAAAAUACCCUCAAUUACAUCAAAGGAUCCUCACUUGCCACUUUGCUGUCUUUUGCUUCAAAACAAUUAAGCCUUUACAUUAGAAAUUGUAGUCUGUCGGGUGCUAUUAUGGAGGAUAUGGUCAAAGAGUGUUCUAGUAGAAGAAUUGUGUUGAAAUUGACAUAUCUUAAUAUCUGUGGAAAUAACCUCAGUGACAUCAAAGGUGUCUCACUUGCCACUUUGCUGGCUGUAGCUCCUAAGCUGAAUUAUCUUGACAUAAGUAAUUGUGGUCUCACAGGUGCUAUUAUGGAUGAAAUGGUCAAAGAGUGUUCAAGAAACGGAGUUGUGUUAAAAUUAACAGAAAUUGAUAUCAGUGAAAAUAACCUCAAUAAUAUCAAAGGUUCUUCCCUUGCCACUUUGCUGGCUGUAACUCCUAAGCUAAAUGAUCUUAUCAUGAGUAAUUGCAGUCUUUCAGGUGCUAUUAUUGAUGAUAUGGUCAAAGAGCAUUCUAGUAGGAAAGUUGUAUUGCAAUUAACAGAAAUUGAUAUCAGUAAAAAUAACCUCAAAGACAGCAAAGGUUCCUCACUUGCCACUUUGCUUAUUGUAGCCCCUAAGCUAUAUGAUCUUGACAUGAGUAAUUGCAGUCUGUCAGGUGCUAUUAUGGAUGAUAUGGUUAAAGAGUGUUCUAGUAAAGAAGUUGUGUUGGAAAUGAAAUAUCUUAAUAUCAAUGGUAAUAACCUCAAUGAUAUCAAAGGUUCCUCACUUUCCACUUUGUUUGCUUUAGCUCCUAAGCUGAAUGAUCUUGACAUCAGUAAUUGCAGUCUAUCAGGUGCUAUUAUGGAUGAUAUGUUUAAAAAGUUUUAUAGAAGGGGACUCAACAUCAAAUGUUCCUCACUUGCCACUUGCUUGCUGUAGCUCUUAAAUUAGAAGUCUCGACAAGUUUUAGACAAGUUACAUAAACCCAGCCUCAUAGUUUGUUUUUUUUUUCUUAUUUUAUUUCACCAAAAUCAAAGGUCACCCUCGCCAUAAUAGGAUUUUAACAUGAAAAAGUAAAUGUACUAUUUUCAUAAUAGCCUAAAUACAUUGAAGUGGCUAUUGAUAUGUAUGACAGUUGAAUGCAAGAAAAUAUACAUACUACUUGUGAUGUAACUGUUUUAUUGGAAUAGUACUAGCAAAGUGUAUUUUAAUUUAACAUGCAAAACCAUGCAAAUCUUCAAACAAUAUAAAGUGUAUUUGAUUGUAAUUUUUCAUGUCUGUAUUUCAGCAAUGGAAAUUUAAUGCAUUUUUUCAGUUUAUUUUAUAUUAUUAAUGUAUGGUAUAUACUGUAGCUGGUUAUAUGGUAUAAAGAAGAUUUUUUUUCAUAAGCUUUCACUCAGUCCUUAAAAUCAAACAUUUCAUUCUAAUAACAUUUUAACUUUAUUCUGGAAUAAUUAUAAUCAAAUUUAAAUAAAAUUUAAUUGAAUAUCUUAAAAAUUUAAUUUAAUUUAAUUUAAAAUUUAAAUUUUUACGGUCUUGUAUGAAUUUUAUUUUGUUUUUCUUGAUUUACUGUAUGUCUAUAUAUGAAGCUUAGGUAAGGAGGAGACUAAUUAUUAGCCACGAAUCAUGAUGACUACGUGGGUAUCUGGCUACCCCAUGUGGCCUAUUGUUUACCAGAUUUUCAUAAAUAAAUAAAAUAUACAAAUAUGACCAGUGCUUUUCAAUAUAACCUAUGCUAAUUCAUUGCUUAUGUGUUUUGAGAAAGGAUUUAUUUUUUGUGGUCCUAGAUGGAGAUACAUUACAGUGUAAUUUUAGUUGGUACUAAAAAAAAAAAAAAAUUGUUACUUAUCAUCUAAAUGUUAAAAGUUGAUAUGUAUGUUUAUUGGUUUUUACGGAUGCCUUGUUGAUAUAAUUAUGUUCUUUAAAUUAAAAAGCUUUGUAACAAUACAAAAACAAUUAAAUGUUUUUCAUUAUUGUGAUUAUUAAUGAUUAUAAAGAAUAUUUUUAAUUAUUUUUUGUAAUCAGUAUUUAAGAGUGUUUAUAAAGAUCAAUCUUUCUUCAUGAAACAUGAUGAAUAAAUUAUGACAUAUCUGUCGAUUGCUGUAAGGCAUAAGGCAAUAAAAAUCCUAUUCUGUUACAAAGCAUUUUCAUAAUGGCUAGGUGAACCCUGUCCUUAAAAUAGAAAUAGGCCCUAGAUACAUUUUAUGUUAUGGCUGAUAAAAUAUACAUUUCCUAAUUUGUAUACAUGGUUUUUCAGAUGCAGUGGUUUCACAUUUCAGCAGUAGACAUUCAAAUUUGUUUGAAUUUUCAACGUGAGUUUAGCUCCAGUUCUAAUCUGUAUUAGGCCUGCACAUGAGAUGUAGGUUGCUAGAAGCGUUCUGUGGUGUUUCUAUGUAAUUGCAGGAUAAUAACAGGCAUUUUCAUUGUUAUAUUAUUGGUAAUAACAAUGUUAUCCUGCUGCUAACCCAUUGUGCACUCAUCCUGGUGACAAUUUGCAAUGAAUUUCAGAGUAUAUGACAGUAAUGGAUGUUGUUAUUAACCCACAAUAAUUAAGAAAUGGAAUUGUAAAUUAUUUUUAACUAGACCUACUGCUUGAAAAGAACAAGUAACAUAUUUACAAUUCCAUUACAAAUCAAUAUAAUGUGUAUAUUUGUUUUAUACUUUUAAUAAAACUUCCUGUUUCACCUUAAAA